AUGCCUGCCGUUGGCACACUCGUCGCAGACAAAGCCCUGCUCAGCAACCAGAGUGCUACAGAAGCAGGAGUCACACACACAUGUGUGGAGGGCCAGGCACUCUCCCCUGCCACAUGCAUCGCACAAGCCCCCAUUGGCCUUGGCAUGGUAGCCGCAUGCGCCGCGACAAACGAAGCAGCUGCAGUGAUUCUUGGGCUCCUUGUCCGCGACCUGUCCACUAGGCUGACUCGUGGUGCCGCUGCUGCCGGUGCCUGUGCUGGACCCGGAGAUUGA